AUGGCUGACGUUCAGUUGAAAUUGGCAGCUUCGGCUCCAAAUUCUCAACCAGAACAACAGCAGCAGCAGCAACAACAACAGCAACAACAGCAACAGCAACAGCAACAGCAUCGAGUGCGCAAGCGACGCCGACGGACAAUGGCGUGUAUGCAGUGCCGCAGCAGAAAGCUCCGUUGCGACCGUGAAUAUCCCGUAUGCGGACGUUGUCAAAAGAGCAAAACCCCAACCCGAUGCACCUACGAGGAUGGAUUUCUCUGGCAGCAACCCAAUACAGUUGCUUCGCCCGUUUUCUCCGAGAGAGGUCCCACAGCCACGACACAAAUGGCCCAGACUGAUCGGGCGACUGCCCACCCUACCCCGGACUCGGGGAUAAGUAGUUUGCCGACUCGGCCUCAACCAUCCUCCAGGGACUCACGUCCCGGCGAGGAGAGACGCGAUAAGUUUCUAGAAACCGUUCUCGGCGCCCCCAAGGCCGCCGUCAACCAAGAACCUUAUGCAAAUACCAGCCUGCUGCAUCGGCCGCGACAGGUCUUCGAGCCUCACCAGGACACCCAGCCGCACCCCGCCGAGGACGACGAAGAUCUGGCCUCGCCGACGCAGCAGCUGGAUAUCUCCCCGCGGAUCAUGAUGCGAGGGCGAGAGACCAAGACUCGUUACAAUGGCUCGGGCAUAUUUGCCAAUCUGAUAGCUCAGUUCCCCGACCUCAGGGCCUUUGCCGAAGAGAUCAGGGUUGCCAGCCCGCAUCUCUCGGCCUUGCGACCGGAUCUCAUCAGAGUCAAAAAGGGUCUCUGGAAGCGGAAACCUUUGAAUGAGCCCUUCCCCAUGCCCACCAUGCAGUCACUAAUCACCAUGCUUCCAGCUCGCGCAGUCGUCGACGAGUUGGUCUACUUGUAUUGCAUCUAUAUCGAGUCCACCCAUCGCAUCCUGCACAUGCCCUCGUUCUUCGAGGAGCUGGAGCAGUUCUGGGCACAGCGGGAAAGCCCCGACAUGACCUCGACCGUCUUUGUGGUUCAACUGCUCUUGGUGCUGGCUUGUGCGUGGAAUCUCGCGGACCUCAAUACUCUUCAAAUGAAGAAUGAGGCGCCCCUUACCUGCUAUACUGCCAUUGAAUGGAUUCUCCACGCAGAGAAGUGGAUCGAAAAUGCCAACUUCAAGCGACCCGAGCUCGCUACUCUCCGUCUGCAGACUCUGCUCAUCAUUGCUCUGAAUAUCCAUGGCAUGAAACGCAGUCAGGCAUGGCUUGCCACCGGGACUCUCGUCAAGCGGGCUAUGAUGGCGGGGUACCACCGCGACCCAAGUCGAUAUACAAAGAUUUCCGCGUUCAGCAUGGAGAUGCGCCGACGAAUGUGGGCUACCAUCGUGGAACUCGACCUCCAGAUUUCCCUCGAACGAGGCAUGCCCCCUUCGGUGCAAGAGGACGACUAUGAUACCUUCCCAUCGUUGAAUAUCGAUGAUACGGAAAUCAACGACGAUAGCACCGAGCUUCCGGACGAAAAGCCGCUGGAUGUAAUGACAGACUCGUCAUUCCAGGCGGUGCUGACACAAUCUCUUCCUUUGCGGCUGAAGGCCUGUGCCUUGAUGCACUCUCCUCGGAUCAGCUGCCGGUACGAAGAGAUUAUGCGUCUGGAUUGGGAAUUGAAUCGUCAUCUUUCCAAGAUCCCCGCAUGGCCCACAUCUGAAGUUGAUGACUUCCAUCGCACCCCGGAGCGCGUGAUCUUGAUGAGGGCUCUUCUGAAGAACAAGAUCGGCCACUCGCUUUUGUCUAUCCACACCCCGUUUGCCAUUGAAGCCCCCAGAGAGGCUCUUUUCGCACCGUCAGCUCGGUCCCGCCUCGAAGUGGCGUCGAUGAUUCUUUCCACGCAGCGCCAGCUCCGUGAGAGGUCGGCCCAGCUGUCACUUUGCAAUAUGGGAGAAUGGACCGUGCAGGCUUACUGCACCAUAUGCCAGCUCCUUCAUGAGAAGGACAACAAAUCCGGUCAGGCAGCUACUUCUCUCACUCGUACCCUCCCUGGGCUCCCCGAGUCAUUAAUCUCCCUGGUGGAGACCGCCUUGACCUGCCUCGAAUCCCGCCUCCUUCUUGUGGUGAAGGGAGCGAAAGAAUACUUCUUCAUGUCGACAAUUCUGGCGCUGGUGAAAGCCACUCUCUGGCCAAGCCAGUCCCAUGUUUACAAGCAAGAAGUGGUGGAGCGUGUGAUACUAUUCGCGCAGACACUCUUCACCCGACAUGCCAACUGCGCUCAUCUGGGAGACUGGGGCAUGGGCAGUUUCAAGACCAACCAGGUUCCGAGUUUGAACGCCGGCCCUGGGAUGGCGCCGCCCUUUGUUCCAGACGUAGCUGUAGGGCAGCCGGGGACCUUUGGCAUGGUGCCCGCUGUAGACCCGUUUCUCGACUCCUUUGACUGGGCCGACUUGACGGGCAUAACGUUCUAG